AUGAGACCCCCUGCAAGAGGUGGCGGCCGUGGUGGUGGAUUCAGAGGUGGACGUGAUGGUGGAUUCAGAGGUGGUCGUGACGGAGGAGGUUUUCGUGGACGUGGUGGUGGUCGAUUCGGCGGUGGACGUGGUGGUGGAGGUGGAUUUCGUGAUGAAGGACCUCCCUCCGAAGUCGUAGAGGUUUCAACGUUUAUCCAUGCUUGUGAAGGAGAUGCUGUUACAAAGCUUACCAAUGAGAAAAUUCCUUUUUUUAAUGCUCCUAUUUAUCUUCAAAACAUGACUCAGAUUGGGAAAGUUGAUGAAAUAUUUGGUCCCAUCAAUGAAUCUUACUUUUCUGUUAAAAUGAUGGAAGGGAUUGUUGCUACUUCAUAUGCUGCUGGUGACAAGUUUUACAUUGACCCUAGGAAACUCUUGCCUCUAGCAAGAUUUCUUCCUCAGCCGAAGGGACAAGCAUCAGGUGGUAGAGGUGGAGGCCGUGGAGGUGGUGGUUUUGGCAGAGGCGGUGGUCGUGGAGGUGGUGGUUUUCGUGGAAGGGGUCCCCCAAGGGGUGGAAGAGGUCCUCCUAGAGGUGGACGUGGUGGUGGUUUCAGGGGAAGGGGCAGAUUUUAGGGAAAUACCAAUUUCAUGUAAUAUUAGUUGUUUGUACUUCAAUCGUUUUUGGAUGAUCAAUCUCAUAGGGUUGCAAUUGCAGAUUUGGUGCUGAAUUGACUUUUUAUUUAACUUGUGAAACUGAAUGGUUCCGUUUGAGUGUUGAUUAGAUUGUAAUAUGUUAUCAACUUAUCACCAUGGCAGGGUAUGAUAGGGUAGAUUGAGUUUGCUUUC